AUGGAGCAGCGGAGAAAGGAGACGUGCGUCUGGGGCCUUGUGGUGGUCCUCGCCUGCUUGGCCGUGGUCUCGGUGGUCGACGGCGCCAUUCUGCCGGGAGGCGCGCCGCCGGUCUACCGCACCCUCUACUUCGACCAGACGCUCGAUCACUUCAACUUUGCGACCAAACCGGCCACCUACAAGCAGCGCUUCCUCAUGGCCGACGACUACUGGCGCGGCUCCUACCCCGGAGGCUGCCCAGGUCCUAUUUUCUUCUACACGGGCAACGAGUCGCCGGUGACGGACUACUACGCCGGAGCGGGCUUCUUCACGCAGGUGCUUGCGCCCAAGCACAACGCCCUGCUCGUCUUCGCCGAGCACAGGUACUUCGGAGAGAGCAUGCCGUUCGGGUCCAAGUCGUUCGAUCCCGAGAAGAUCAGCUACCUGUCGCCCGAGCAGGCGCUGGCCGACUACGCCGUGCUCAUCACGCACCUCAAGGAGACCCUGCCGCACGCCAAGAACUGCCCCGUGUUCGCCUUCGGCGGCAGCUACGGCGGCAUCCUGACGGCUUGGUUCCGAUCCAAGUACCCCGACAUCGUCAUGGGCGGCCUCUCUGCCUCUGCACCGCUGGCGUUCUACGGCACUGGCAUCAGCCCGUACGCGUUCACUGACAGCGCUUCGGACACGUUCGCCCAGGCGCGCCCUGGCUGCGCGCCUCUGGUCUCGCGGGCCUUCGACGUGCUCCAGAAGCUCUCCGCCACGUCGGACGGCCGCGCGCGCUUCUCCGCGGCCUUCAAGCUCUGCAGCCCGCUCAACUCGCAGGCGGACGCCGAGGCCGUUAUCAACUGGGUGGACAGCGGCCUGAUCGGCAUGGCCAUGCUCGACUACCCCUUCGCCACCAACUACGGCAUCUCGCUGCCCGGCUGGCCCGUGAACAGGACGUGCGACCGACUCUUGGAGAAGGCCACCAGCAACGACGACGAUGUGCUGGCCGAGGCCUUCGCCUACGCCAUCGGAGUGUUCUACAACAACACCGGCGCCCACACCUGCUACGACAUCAACCGGGACGUGCCCGAUUGGGGCAAGUGCUGCGGCUGGGACUACCUGCACUGUACCGAGGUCUAUAUUCCGUCGGGCAGCUCUGGCAUCUUCCCUCGGGCGGCGUACAACCUCACGUCCGACAUCGCGCAAUGCCAGCAGCAGUUCGGUGUCACCCUCCGUCCCAACUGGGCACGAAUUCAAUUCGGCGGCUUCAACCUCACCUCGUCGAGCAACAUCAUUUUCUCCAAUGGCUUGCUGGAUCCCUGGCACACGAGCGGAGUGCUCCACUCCCUCUCCGACUCACUCGUAGCGAUCGUUAUUCCUGAGGCGGCGCACCACCUCGACCUCUGGGCGCCUUCGCCCGAGGACCCGGUCUACGUGCAGCGCGCGAGAGAGCAGGAGGCCAUGCUCAUCGAGAAGUGGCUCAACGAGUACUGGGCCAAGCUUUGA